AGCAACGGAUUUUUGUCUUUAGAACCUGACCGUUGAGAAACAAAAGGACAAUCAUCUCUUAUCUCGAAGGGCCCCCAUCAUCACCUUCAUCACAAGCUAAGAAGCAGUCAAGUUUCUCAUCCAUGGCGUUCUCUUCCACAGUUUCACUUUCACAAAGCUCAUUCUCAUGCCUCACUCAAUUCCUACCAGCCUCUAGAAAAACCCCCCUUCGUUUUUCAUCCCUUAGACCUAUAAAAGCUGCUGCUGAGCCCCCGAAAGAGACGCCACCGCAGCCCGCAGCUGAAAACAAAGACGCUGCCUCUGGUUCCACUGAUGUUCAGCCUGCCACGCAGGCUCCGAAGCGCCCCAAGAGGCCCGUUUAUUCGAUGAAGAAAGGCCAAAUUGUGAGAGUGGAUAAAGAGAAGUAUCUUAACAGUAUAAAUUACUUAUCCGUGGGGCAUCCACCUUUCUACAAGGGUUUGGACUACAUUUAUGAAGAUCGUGGCGAGAUUCUGGAUUUGCGCAUUUUUGAGACUGGAGAGCAUGCACUUGUUGCGUGGGUCGGAAUUCCUACUGCACCUGCUUGGCUCCCCACAUACAUGCUUAUUGAAUCGGAUAAGCUCGAUUAUGAGAGACUGUGAACUAAGCUCCGGACGCAGAAUUCUGUCCUUUCACUAGUAAUUGGAAGGUUUUCUUGAUCUGAUGUAGAUCUUGAAGAUUUAUAUCAGCAACCAAGGGAUCAAUGUUUCAAUAGAGUUGAUUGUAUCAUUCAUUUUUAGGCUGCCACCCCCAGCAUACUGGGAGGAGCAAGAAAUGUUGUAUAAUAUAUAUGUACCUUCAACAAAAUCAUGUCAAUAAAGUUUCCCUUAACUUUCUGAAUCCAAAA